GGCAGACGGAGCUCUAGCGGUCAGACUCGCCACCAGCUCUGCAUCCUCCGUCCUCGGGAGUCAGACAGUCGGGCCGUGGCUGCUCCGGUGUCACUUUUUUUUUCCCUUCCACGUUUAGGUGUUUUUUGCAGCUUGCGUGUGCGGCUUCGAGCAUGCAAAACAAGGGCAGUUACCGAAACAAGGAAGCACGGGCAACAUGGACAAACCGCCAACUUAUCCUUUACAAAUGCACUUUAUAUUUAUUCAUCUUUAGUCUGGAACUGAAGAGGAGCGUAACGGUGACGCUCGAGUCUGACGAUUUUGCUUUCUACCUUGAGGACGAGGGCAGGUGCUUAGGGGUGCAGGAUCACUCCCUUGUCCUGUCACCCUCUUGUGAAGAACCCAACCAGCGCUGGAAAUGGAUGACUCGGGGCCGCCUGUUCAAUUUGGGCUCCUCCUUGUGCCUGGGUGUGACCGCUAACAACGGCACCUCCAGGUGGGAUAAAUAUCCUUUAGGGGUGUACACCUGUGAUCGCGAGCCCCCCAGAGUCCGCUGGACCUGGAACUGUGGCCAAGUGCUGGACAACUUCAACAGCUACUUUACAUCGGAUCUACCCUCAAUUUGGAAUGUGUCCGUAGUUCGUCCCAACUUCAAAUGGAUUCUACACGGUGGGCUGCAAGACCUGUGCUCCAAAACAUAUCAGGAGAUCUAUACAAUCCAGGGGAACUCUCAUGGCCGCCCUGCUACCCUGCCCUUCCUGUAUGAUGGCCAGUGGUUCCACAGUUGUACCAGCACUGGCCGUGAAGAUGGCCACCUCUGGUGUGCCACCACCUCUGAUUACGGCAAGGACGAGCUUUGGGGCUUCUGUCCUGUCAAGAGCAGUGGCUGUGAAACUUUCUGGGAUACGGACCCAGUCACAGACAGCUGUUACCAGUUUAACUUCCAGGCUACCCUGUCGUGGAGCGAGGCUCGGAUCAGUUGCCAGCAGCAGGGGGCGGACCUGCUGAGCAACAAGCUGCAUGAGCAGACCUACAUCAAUGGAUUACUCACUGGUUACAAUGCUGCUUUGUGGAUUGGCCUCAAUGACCUGGACAUCAAUGGAGGCUGGCAGUGGGCCGACUCCUCACCGCUCAAGUAUCUCAACUGGGAGCAAGAGCAGCCAAAUCAUGCUGAAGAGGAGAACUGUGCUGUGAUAAGAACUGAGUCGUCAGGUCGUUGGCAAAACCGCGAUUGUUCUGUUGCUCUUCCGUAUGUCUGCAAGAAAAGACCCAAUGCCACCCUUGACCCUUUCACCACUGAUUCGUGGGCAGAUGAUGAGAAAUAUGAGUGCGAUGUGGGCUGGCAGGCCUUUCAGGCUGGUUGCUAUAAGCUUACUUUAGAGAAAACCAACUGGAAUGCAGCUCAGAAAGCGUGCCAGAAAAUGGAGGCCAACCUAGUCAGCAUCCACACUCUACCUGAGCUGGAGUUCAUCAUGCGUAACAUGAAGAAAGACAUUGAGCAGUUGUGGCUAGGGCUCCAUGACACUGACAUGCAAAUGGACUUCCAAUGGACUGAUCACACUCCUGUCAUCUUCACCUACUGGCACCCCUUUGAACCCAAAAACUUCCGCAACACCCAGGAAGACUGCGUCUCCAUGUGGGGACCUGAGGGCCGCUGGGAUGACAGCCCUUGUAAUCUGACCCUGCCCUCCAUCUGCAAGAAACCAGGAACAAAGAGUGAUGGGAAGCCACAGCACCAACAGUGUAAAAAUGGCUGGAAGUGGCACAGUCCCACUUGUUAUUUGGUGGGAGAAGAUCUGCUCACCUUUGAUGGGGCUAGAAAAUUCUGCGAGGACCAAGGAGCCACACUCGUUACUAUCACUGACAGAUUUGAGCAAGCCUUCGCCAACAGCCUGGUGUUUGGGCGCUCUGGAGAGUCGUUUUGGAUCGGUCUCCAUGACCAGGGAAAUCGUGGCUCUUUCCAGUGGCUCAGCGGUGAAAAAGUGACCUACACCAACUGGAAUCGAGACCAGCCAGCCAACAUCCAUAGCGGCUGUGUUUCUAUAGCAACGGGCGCCGCAACAGGUCUGUGGGAGGUAAGGGAGUGUGCAUCAUCAAAGGCCAAAUUCAUCUGCCGUCAGAACCAGGACACGUCUGUGAGCCCCGAGAUCCCCGUCCCGCAGCCCACCCCGAGCCUCAGCGGAGCCUGUCCCAGCGGCUGGAAGAGCAACAGCAACCUGCGCUACUGCUACAAGGUGUUUCAUUUCUCCCAGCUGGAGCAGAAGUUAACGUGGAUGCAGGCUCAUAAUUUCUGCAGGAAACACGGAGCCAACCUGCUGAGUAUCAGUGGCCCUGAGGAAGAACACUUUGUUCUGCAGAUCCUCCAUGAGGCUUUUGGGGAGUCAGAAGAACAUGAGCAGCACUGGUUCUGGAUUGGACUGAAUCGCAGGAACCCCAUGGACAAUGGCAGCUGGAAGUGGAGUGAUGGACUGGCUUUAACAUAUCAGAACUUUGGUCGGUACUACUACAACAUACGGCAGUGUGCUGCAGCAGACCUGGGUAGUAUGACCUGGCUGGCCAUGCACUGCGACUCUGAGUUAGACUGGAUCUGCAAGAUCCCUAGAGGUAGUGUUGAGAAGGUACCAGAAAUCACUGAAGGCACCAGUGCGCCUGAAUGGAUUGGCUUCCAGGAGGCUGAGUAUAAAUUUUUUGACCACCGUACUACUUGGGACCAAGCCCAGAGGAUUUGCACCUGGUUUGAUUCUUCAUUGGCCUCCGUUCACUCAGCAGCGGAGCAGACUUUCCUGGCCAACACUUUACGCAAGAUGUCAAAGGUGGAGGGGGACUUCUGGUGGCUGGGGCUUCACACCUACGAAAACGACGGCCGCUUCCGAUGGUCUGACCACUCUGUGUUAAAUUAUGUGUCCUGGGCCCUUGGCAGGCCGCUCCCACUCAGCCGUGAUCGCAAAUGUAUCUACAUGUCAGCCAGCAAAGAGGACUGGGCUGAUCAGAAGUGCCACUCUGACCUACCUUAUAUCUGUAAGAGAGUGAAUGUCACUGCCAUUCCUCCGACUCCAUCAUCCCCCCAUCCACCAUCAGGCUGUCGAGGAUGGUCUUCCUAUCAGCAUAAGUGCUUCCGAGUAUUUGAUCAGUCAAACCGGGUCACAUGGUCUUGCAGCCAAGCUAAAGUGUGAUAUCAGGGAGGUGUCCUGGCAGUGAUAUCCAGUCAUUUGCAACAAGCUUUUGUCACCACCUUGCUAAAGAAUGCCAGCACUGAACUUUGGGUGGGUCUGACUUCAGAUUCUAAAGCUCAUUUCCAAUGGGCCAAGGCUGGCCUGCUCAGCUACACAAAUUGGGCGCCUGGAGAGCCUCUCGACAACAGCGGACCGCACCAGAACAAGACGCCGGGAAACUGUGUGGAGUUUCAUGAAAACCGGCAGAAGAAAACAGGCAUGUGGGCUUCCCGAGCGUGUGAGAUGGAAAGUCAUGGCUUCAUCUGUCAAAGGCAACAAGUUUCUCCUCCGGCUCCGGACCUCAUUCCUGCCUCCCUGUCUAAGCCUGUGGAGCUGGGGGGAGUGAUGUACCGGGUCGUGGAGAAGCGCCUGGAUUGGACCGGUGCUCUGCACCUCUGUGAAUCUUUGAAUGGGACCCUCGCCAGGGUGAAGGAUCCCUUCCAACAAGGUUACCUCACACUGCUUAUCAACAGCUUGCGCCGGCCAGCCUGGAUUGGUCUCUAUAACUAUGGAGGAGGGAGCUUCACCUGGCUGAAUAAUGAAGAUGUCACAUAUUCAAACUGGAAAGACGAGGAGCCUAGUCAGAUGGCUGGAUGUGGUCACAUGACCACUACAGGGCUAUGGACUGUGACUCCCUGUGAUGCGAAACUGGAUGCUGCUAUCUGUCAAAUGAGUGAUGAGCCUGUGAUUCACCAGUGGAUCUAUCCUGGCAUGUGCCCCCAGUCUCUGGGAGAGUGGGCGUGGGUGCCUUUCAGAAACCACUGUUACGCCUUCAAUCUGCAGCUGCUUAAACUGCAGGAGGAUGCACGUAGAUCCUGCAAAAAUAUCGGAGCAGAACUUCUCUCUAUCAUGGAUGAGAUAGAGAAUGGAUUGUAGGGAGCACAUCAGAGCUAUGCAGAACAGGCACAUGGAGCUUGGCUGGGCGUCAGCGUGAAAGGCAGAGGUCUAGUGUGGUCUGAGGGUGCAGAGAUGUUAUAUACCAACUGGGAGGGCCAUGAUGUCGCUUCCUCCGUGCUCUCUAAAAACUCCUGCUUCUGGAUCCAGAGCAACUCCGGUCAGUGGAAGCCAGGCUCCUGCAGAAAUCGCACACACGGAGUCAUCUGCAAGCAGCCUCGCAGUAAGCACACACAAAUUCAUUUAACCAAGAACAGUCACCGCCUGCCCACGCUAAUUGUUGUUAUGGUGGCCGGCCUGCUGCUGGUGGUGCUGAUAGUUGGUGUGAUCUACUUCUACCGCCCGACUGUUGGAUCGCGGGGGUCCUAUGAGGGGGCGCGUUACAGCCGCACCAACUCCACAAAUGCAGAACAGGCCGAGAAAAACAUCUUGGUUUCUGACAUGGAGUUGAACGAGCAGCCAGAGUAGCCUGAGCUGCCCUGGACUGACAGACCAACCCGGGACUGAACCCGACCUGACGCAGUAGAGGCUGAUUUCAAUGUGCUGAAUACGCACUGUGGCAUGUAUCUGUUUUUGCUGCCACUUUUGAAACCAAAAGAAAACAAAAAAAAAAA